UUUUCCCGUUGUGCCCACGGUGAGGGGACACCGCAGGUAAUAUAAAUGGCUAUAAGCUAGUCUACAUUCAGCACCAGUGUUCGCUAGGAGCCAACAUGUCUCUGAGCGGACUUGAAAGACUCCAGAAAUGGCUCUUCGAUGCAGUAAUGGGGGUACUCUUCAUGAUGUUUCGGCUUCUGUCACACCGGACGAGUUCCGGAUGUGUGAAGAAGCUGCCGCCUAUCAGCCACCCGCUUCUUAAAGUAUCUGCGACGCAACUCGCCAGAAAGAUCCGACGGAGAGAGGUGUCCAGUGUGGAGGUGGUCCAGGCUUAUAUUGACAGGAUCCAGGAAGUCAACCCUCUCAUCAACGCUGUUGUCAAAGAAAGGUUUUCCUCCGCGCUCCAGGAAGCGGCGCAUGUCGACAAGCUGAUCAAUGAGGAACCAGGAGGAGAGGAGGUUCUGGAGGACCGUCUGCCGUUCCUUGGAGUGCCUGUCUCAGUCAAGGAGUCCUUUAGCCUCCAGGGCAUGCCCUUCACAACGGGCAUCAUUGCCAGGCGUGGAAUCGUGGCCGCCACUGACGCCCCCCCUGUGGCCCUGAUGAAGCGGGCGGGCGCCAUCCCGCUGGGUGUGACCAACACCAGUGAGGGGUGCAUGUGGUCCGAGUCGCACAACCACCUGUGGGGCAUCACCAGCAACCCGUACAACCUGGAGAGGAUACCAGGAGGAAGCUCAGGUGGAGAGGGAAGCUUGUUGGCCGCGGCGGGUGCAGUCAUUGGGAUGGGCUCAGACAUUGGCGGCAGCAUCCGCAUGCCCUGCUUCUUUAAUGGAGUAUUCGGCCAUAAGACCACGCCCGGUGUUGUGUCAAACGACAACCAGUACCCUCCCGCCACGGGCAGACAUGCCGACUACUUGAGCAGUGGGCCCAUGUGCCGCUACGCUGAGGACCUGCUCCCCAUGCUGAGAAUCAUGGCGGGACCCAACGCUCACAUGCUGUCCUUGAGUGAGAAGGUGGACUUGAAGAAGCUGCGGUUCUUCACCAUCCCAGAUGAUGGCGGCUCUAGUCUGACCAGCCCAGUCAGUCAAGAGCUGAAACAGAUCCAGAGGAAGGUGGUAGAGCGUCUGGAAGCCGAUCUCGGAGUGACAGUCCAAGAGGUGCACUUCCCCGAGCUCCAACAUGGUUUCCGGAUCUGGGACACCUUCAUGAGUCUUCCCAGCAGAGAUGGCAAGCCUCCUGCUGCCUUCGCUGAUGUUCUGGGAGAGGUGGGCCGCCCAGUGUGGCCUUUCUGGGAGCUCCUGAAACGCAUGCUGGGCAAAUCGGACCACACCAUUGCAGCCAUUGGUCUGACUUUGCUAGAGAAGAUGAACGUGUCCAAACCAUCCACUGUCCUUAUCCAGAUGAAGGAGAAGCUCCAGGAGCAAGUGGAGGAGCUGCUGGGGACUGAUGGAGUGUUUCUUUACCCAUCAUACACCAGAGUGGCCCCCAAACACCACCACAGUCUUUUUAGACCCUUUGACUUCGCCUACACCGGGAUCAUAAAUACUCUGGGCCUGCCCGCCACUCAGUGCCCUUUGGGGCUUAAUGAGGAGGGUCUCCCCCUGGGGGUUCAAGUGGUGACGGGGAAGCUGCAGGAUCGUCAGUCCCUGGCUGUGGCACUCCACCUGGAGAAGGCCUUUGGGGGCUGGAGGGAACCAGGGGGCAACUAGAGCACCUUCCCACCAGCUGAAUGUCAUACUGGGAUCUCGCAUGUGCUACUAAAAUCUCUGCAAUGAUUUCAUGCUUCUUUUGGAAAAAAGGGGGUGUUGCUUCAUGGAGGUAAGCGUAGGUGCUGUAGUUUGUAAGGAUUAUUAAUAAGAAAGAAAAGGAAAAGAAUUGAACAAUACCAAAUGUUGCAAGGAAACAGAAGACACACAAGGCGAGCAAUGUUAGCGUUGUAAUUCUUAGGUGCUGAUAUAUCGACUGUAGCGCCAUUUAAUGCUGCAACGCUCCUUAAUCACAUAAUAAAAAUAUCUCAACUGCUUUUUCUCAUGUACACUGACAAGCACAUACACCUCAAAGACCAAUUGGAAUAGUUUUAAUUGACUCACACAGAUGACCAAUGUCUUAACAGUCUGUCAAUUUUCUUCCCCUUGACUGGGGAAAAAAAACAAAGGCGGGGUGGGCAAAAAAUGUUUCCAACAAAAGAAGCGCUCAGUGUUUGAGACACAUUCAUCCAAAAGACAUUAGUAUGUCACGUUGAAAAGGUGUCUGGUGGGGACAAACUGAAAUAACCAAAUGAGAGCAAAACAUUCUCCUGCACAUGUGCGCCGGCUGCUCCAUUUGGCCCCAAUGUGGAAUCAAAACUGAACGUGUGUAAACAAUCAGAAAAUGUGAACAUAGGGUGAAUGAAGUCCACCUGUUUUACCCGCUCAUGAGGUGUUGGUGAUGGGUUUGUACUUUUUGAGGCGGGUCCACUGGCCUGUGGAGUAGUUCAUUUCGAAUACAGUGUCCACCAGCAUGGUGGUGCUGCCCGUGCCGUCUGCUUUGGGCAAAACCUCUGUGUGCUCGCUCAGCUUGAUCUGGAUAAUGUCACCCUGCUCUGGACACGGGUUCUCUGCAAAAGAAAUGCAUGCUGCUUUUACGAGGAUGCAACAUCUGAUGGAAUUGAAGCGUCUUUUUCACUAUUUUAAGUACAUCAGUGGAGUGAACGGGGGACAUUGUGUACCUCUGGAUCCUGCCAUAAAGCCCAGGAUGAGGGCCUUCUCUGGUCUGGUGACCUUGUUGGCCGUCUUGAACAUCUCUUGAGCUGCGUACAUCUGGUCUCUCUGAGAGGUAUGAAGCAGAAAAUUAACAGUCUGCGUCCAAAUAUAUUUUUCUAUGCAUUGUGGCUACUGGACCGCAUGCUGAAAUGUGCUAUUUUAGCUUAUGUUCAAAAUGUGAAUCAAUCUCCUUAUAUAUAUUAAAUUAUUUAAAUAUUUAAUGAUUGUGCUUAAACUCCUUGAGGAGGCUAGCAUGUUCUGGCAUGCACAGCUGGAGGAUAUGUUUCCAGGUGAAGUAAAAUAAAAUUACAGAAAAGUGACUUUG